AUGGGGAACAUGGACGGGAAAGCCGUGGAGGAGCUGAGCACCACCGAGUGCCACCAGUGGUACAAGAAGUUCAUGACGGAGUGUCCUUCUGGCCAGCUCACCCUCUACGAGUUCAAACAGUUUUUUGGCUUGAAAAACCUGAGUCCGGCAGCAAACAAAUACGUUGAGCAAAUGUUUGAGACGUUUGACUUUAACAAGGACGGCUACAUCGAUUUCAUGGAGUACGUGGCAGCUCUGAGCCUGGUCCUGAAGGGGAAGGUGGACCAGAAGCUGCGAUGGUAUUUCAAGCUGUACGAUGUGGACGGGAACGGCUGCAUUGACCGGGGAGAACUGCUGAACAUCAUCAAAGCUAUUCGAGCGAUCAACCGGUGCAACGAGACGAUGACAGCUGAGGAAUUCACAAACAUGGUGUUUGACAAAAUCGAUAUAAACGGAGAUGGCGAGCUCUCCCUGGAGGAGUUCAUGGAGGGCGUGCAAAAGGACGAGGUGCUGCUGGACAUCCUCACCCGCAGCCUGGACCUGACGCACAUCGUCCAGCUGAUCCAGAACGACGGGAAGAACCCGCACGAGCCUGAGGAGGCGGCGGAGGAGGAGGAGGUGGCUGAAUAG